GGGCCAUGGCGGAGGCGGAGGCGGAGGCCGGGGGGCGCCGGGACCCCCCCGGGCGGGGGUCGGGCGCCGGGGGGGGCCCCCUGGCCCUGCUGAAGGCGCGGGCGCUCGACGUCACCUUCGAGGUGGGGGAUGAGUACGAGGUCAUCGAGACCAUCGGCACCGGCGCCUACGGCGUCGUCAGCUCCGCCCGCCGCCGCGACACCGGCCAGCAGGUGGCCAUCAAGAAGAUCCCCAACGCCUUCGACGUGGUGACCAACGCCAAGCGGACCCUGCGGGAGCUCAAGAUCCUCAAGCACUUCAAGCACGACAACAUCAUCGGCAUCAAGGACAUCCUCAAGCCCACCGUCCCCUACGGCGAGUUCCGCUCCGUCUACGUGGUGCUGGACCUGAUGGAGAGCGACCUCCACCAGAUCAUCCACUCGGCGCAGCCGCUGACGCUGGAGCACGUCCGUUACUUCCUCUACCAGCUCCUGCGGGGCCUCAAGUACAUCCACUCGGCCAACGUCCUCCACCGCGACCUGAAGCCCAGCAACCUCUUGGUGAACGAGAACUGCGAGCUGAAGAUCGGCGAUUUCGGCAUGGCGCGGGGGCUGGGGGCUGACCCGCGGCACGCCAAGGCCUUCCUCACCGAGUACGUGGCCACCCGCUGGUACCGGGCGCCGGAGCUGCUGCUCUCGCUCCACCGCUACACCCGCGCCAUCGACAUGUGGUCGGUUGGGUGCAUCUUCGCCGAGAUGUUGGGUCGCCGGCAGCUCUUCCCCGGCAGGAACUACGUCCAUCAGCUGCAGCUCAUCAUGGCCGUGCUGGGAACGCCGCCGGCCGCCGUCAUGUCGGCCAUCGGCGCCGAACGGGUGCGGGCCUACGUGCAGAGCCUGCCGCCGCGCCCGGCGGUGCCUUGGGAGAGCCUCUUCGGCGACGCCGAGCCGGCGGCGUUGGCGCUGUUGGGUCGGAUGCUGCGCUUCGACCCGCGGGAGCGGGUGGGGGUGGCCGAGGCGCUGCGGCACCCGUUUUUGGCCAAGUACCACGACCCCGAGGACGAGCCCGAGUGCGUCCCCGCCUUCGACUUCGCCUUCGACCGCCGGGUGCUCACCAAGGAGGAGAUCAAGGCGGCCAUCGUGGCCGAGAUCGCGGACUUCCACGCCCGCCGCGACGGUAUCCGGCGGCAGAUCGCCUUCGCCCCGGCCGGCGGCGCCGAAAGCGCGGCCGGCGGCGCCGGCGUCAACGCGGCCAACGGCGCCGUGGCCGGCGUUAACGUCCCCAUGGGUGACAUCAACGCAGCCAGCGUUGGCGUCAACGCAACCAGCGUCAACGUGGCCGACGUCAACAUGGCCAGUGCCAACGUGGCCAACGUCAACGCGGCCAACUCCAGCGUCAACGUGGCCAACGUCGGCAUGGCCAACGUCGGCAUGGGCAACUCCAGCGUCAGCGUGGCCAACUCCAGUGUCAACGUGGCCAACGCCGCCAUGGCCAACGUCAAUAUGGCCAACGCCGCCAUGGCCAACAUCAGUGCCGCCAUGGCCAACAGCAACGUCAACAUGGCCAACGCCGCCAUGGCCAACGUCAACACAGCCAAUGUCAACGUGUCCAAUGCCACGGUGGGCGGCGUUGGCCCAGCCUGGCCCUGCGCCGACGUGGACAUGCCGAGCCCUGGCCCCGCCCCUGCCCCUGACUGCCCAAUGGACUCUCCCCGGGUGAAGGCGGAGCCAGGGGCCCCCGCAGCACCCAAGCGGGACGGCGCCAUCUCCGACGACACCAAGGCCGCCCUCAAGGCCGCGCUGCUCAAGUCGGCCAUGAGGAACAAGAGCAAAGAGCCGCAGUGCGCAGUCCCGGAGGCGCCGGAGGGCCGGAAGCCGGUGACGGCAGCGGAGCGGCAGCGGGAGCGGGAGGAGAAGCGCCGACGGCGGCAGGAGCGGGCGAAGGAGCGGGAGAAGAAGCAGCGGGAGCGGGAGCGGCGCGAGCCCCGAGGCCGCGGGGAGGGGCUCCGGGGGCUCGUCCUCACCGACGACGACCGCCACCUCCUCGAGCGUUGGACCAAGAUGCGGGACGGGGCCCCGCCUCGCCCCCCGGCCCCUCCCCGCCCCCCGGCCCCUCCUCCCCCUUGCCCCCAACCUUGUGGGGCACCCCCCGAAACCUGGCCGGGCCCCGAGGUCUGGCCGGAGCCCCCCGCCGCCCCGCUCCCGGCUGACCCCGACGUGGCCACCGUCACCCAGCAGCUCUCCAAGUCGCAGGUGGAGGACCUGCUGCCCCCCGUCUUUUCGGUGACCCCCAAGGGGAGCGGGGCCGGCUACGGGGUGGGCUUCGAUCUGGAGGAGUUCCUCAGCCAAUCGCUGGACAUGGUGGGGGACACCAAGGACAGCCAAGGGGAUUCGGCGCCGCUGUCGGCCUCGCUGCUCGCCGAUUGGCUGGAGGUGCAUCGCCUGAGCCCCGCCGCCCUCGAGAGCCUCCAGCGCGACCUCCAGCUCGGCUCCCCCAUGCUGCUCGCCGACGACCUCCCCGACCCCUAGCGGAGGGGACCCUGGUGCCUUGGCCCCGCCCCCUCUUGGUGGUGCCUUGGCCCCGCCCCCCCUUGGUGCCUUGGCCCCGCCCCCCCAUUAAAUUUGUAAGGAAA